CCAGGUCGACACAUGAAUCACAGAGAAUCACGCCUGGCUGGCGGGCGGGCUGGCUGCCUCUAAUCCUACACUCAGCCAGCCAGCCAGCCAGCCUCAAUUGCCACGUCUCCUUCGCUAAGCCGCUCGUUCGCAUCUUCGUCAGUCAGUCAGUCAGUCAUUCGAACUUGAAGAAGGAUUCGUUAGUGAGUGCGAGGAUGGGGUCGGUCAAUGGGUCGUCGAACGGAUCCACAUACUCGCUCCGGUGCUCCUGCGUCCUCGCUGUCGCAUACUCGCUCGCCGUCGACAUCUCCUCUGCCCCAUAAGGGGGUGGGGGGCCGUAGGGCGGCUGCUGCUGCUGCUGCUGCUGCUGACGGUGCUGCUCUUGUUGCGGUUGCUGCACGUAAGGCAGGUCCCUCCAUUGGUUCAGGUAGGGGUCCUCUCCUGAGCGAAUGGGCACGUCUGCCCCUUCUCUCUGCAGCAGCGGGGAAGAGGAUGAAGGGGCCGGGGCUGGGGCUGCGGUGGGAUGGAUGGACGAAGGCGGGGUCAUGACGUUGAUGACGUGUCGCGCGUGCGAUGUGCGCUUUUCAUAGGACACCCCAUCGCAAAAGCCCUCCAAGUGGCCGCUAGUAGUGCCCUCGACCCGCCCCCGUGAAGAGGCAGACAAGUCCUGAAGAUGCUGACCCUUCGGCUGAUCAAACGCCGCCUGCCGAUGGUGAGGGCGAUACUCGUCAGGUGACAUCACCCCACCACCACCACCACCCUGGUCAUGCUGCUGCGGCCUCUUCCCCGGCCGCGUGUAGUGAGGGCGUGGCCCUGGGAACAAAGCGUUGGAUGGGGCCAUACCAGCGGCGCCAGCAGCAGCAGAAGGGUCAUGAUGGGGGGGCCGGGAGAUGUGGGGCGGUCGGAAGGAACCGUGGGAGUGCUGGCCGUGUGGCUGCAGGGGUGGAGAGGACGGCAGAGCGGUCACUGCUGACCGCUCGCUGGCGAGGUGGACGAACACGAUUUGGCCGUCGACGAUGCGCUGCGGUUCGAGCAGCACCUGCUGGGCGCUGUCGGUGUCGCGGUAUGUCACAAAACCUGUACACAUACCAUGGAGGGAUGGACGGAUGGUCACACGCCUUUGUGUGAGCUGAUCAACUGGAUCGUACCGAAUCCCUUGCUCCGUCCGUAUCGGUCAUGGAGGACCGUCACAUCAUCGACCUCGCCUUCCUGCUCGAACACACGCCGCACGGCGUCGCACGACGUGCGCUGGUUGAGAUUCCUGCGGAUGGAUGGAUGGGAUGGGCAGGAAAGGAACGAAAUGAGCGCUACACGACUCUCGCUCGAGAGCUGUGCUCGAGCAAAGCAAAGCUUGCCUGAUGAAGAGCUUCCUGCUCGCCAGGUCGUUGGUCCCCCCUCCCGGACAGGCACUAACGUCAACCGGGCCUGAAGUGGAAGCAAAAAGCAUAUGGAUGAGGCAAACGAGCCAGUUUCCGUCAGUCAGUCCAUCAAAAGCCCACCUGGGCUUGUGAAGUCGGCAAACGGGUUGAGGGAUGUGCGAUUUGUGGGGUCGGACGCCAGCCCAACCUGAGAGAGAGAGGAAGGACAAGAAACAGGCAGGCCACAAUGCGAGGCGCCGCCGAGGUGGUUUGGGUGUUGUUGUGGUUGGGGUGAGCAUACGAUGAUGCGUCUCCCGUCGAGAGAAAGGUUCGACUGGAUGGCCGCAACGGCGGCCUCCCGGGUGAGGAAGGUCACAAAGCCAUAGCUAAGAGGAGAGCAGAGACAGGCACACAGCCAGAAUGCAUCUCUGCGGGCGUCUUUAUCUUUCUCGCCGUGUGCCUGCUGUGCUGUGUGUACCCUCUGCUGCGUCCGUAGCCGUCACGCACGACAACUGCACCCAUUCACAGAUCCCAUGUUGAGGUGUGGAUGCUCAGUUCUGUACAGUGCAGCCAUCCCACCCCGUCCCACCCACCUGCUUCUUCAGUCUCCCCGAACGACGAGAAGAAGUGCCGCAGCUGGCUGUCGUCAGUCGCGUAGGCCAAGUUCUGCACACACGCACACACACACACACACGCACACACACUCUGCAGAAGACAGGAGGGAGAGAGGCGAGGAAAGCGACGCACCUUGACAUAAAGCCGACGAUGAGCACGGCUCUGCAGAGCACACACACACACCGAACAGACCCGCCCGUGGUUGCGGCCGCCCUCUUUCUGUGCCGUUCCUGUCGUUUGUUUGUUUGUUUGUUUGUUUUUACCUGCGAUGCGACCUCAAUGAUCCUUGACCUGGCCUCUGGCACCGACUGAGCCAGCCGGACAAGCAGCUCGAUCAACUGCGAUUUGUUGAGCGGCGCCAGCAGCCGCCUCAACUCCGCCCUGCCCUCUGUGGCGCCGUGGAAGCCGCCGUCAUAGUUGGCCAUGCCUCUCGCCUCGCCGCCUCCUUCCCACUCGAACGGCUGGAUCCUGGGCGGCCACUGCGAUGAAGGUUCGCUGCCGAAAGAGGCAGCAUCUGCCAUGCCAUAGUGGUCCAAGUGCUUGGCAGCCGCUGGGUCGGGCUGAUAACUGAAGGGCGGUGGCGGAGACGACGGGAUUGUCUGCUGGUGAUACUGAGGACACUCCUCGAUCCAACUUGUCGCCGAAGCUGAUAACAUAGUGCUGGGGAGGGACUUGAGAAGCUAAGGCGGCACAUCCGCGCU